UAAGGGUUACUUUCCCAUCACAUGGUCCCCUGUAUUUGAGUUUAAAUUGCACACCUGCAUUUACAUAUUUGCAUCUUCCCUCUAAAACCCUAUGCAUUCAACAAACCAAAGCUGUCUCUGUUUUUGCGUUUUGUUUUUGGCAAUUUUUUCUUCAUCUCAUACACACAACGCCAACAUGUCAAAUCACAAUUAGAAACACAUCCUCACAAAUUCUCACUCAGUUAUGGUAAUGGAGGAGGAGUUUGACCCUAGAUAUGCACCUGAUGACCUUACUCUUCCAUUGCCGUGGAAGGGAUUGAUUGAUGGCAACGGAUUGUUAUAUUACUGGAAUCCUGAGAGUAAUGCUAUACAAUAUGAAAAACCUGUCUCCGUAACCCCAUCCUCGCCUCCGCCACCACCUCCGCCGCCACCCUUGCCUGCGUCUGUGGCUUUUGUAACGAACUUGGCACCUAUAUAUGCGACUCACACAAUGCAGACUCCCAUAAUGCAGGUUGGUGGGAUGGGGUCGCAGCAGUUAAUUCUAGGUCAAUCCUUGCAGGUGCAGGUGGGUUACUUUGCCCAACAUCAUGGACAAUCUAUGCCACCUCAACAACAGCAGCAACAGAAUUCACGUAUGGUACAAAUCAUUCAGCAGAACCCCUCUCAGGUUGCUCAGUAUGCGCCGCAGCAGAACUCAUUGAUGACACAAUCAGUGCAAAUCAUUCAGCGGAACCCCUCUCAGGGUGCUCAGUAUGCAACGCAGCAGAACUCAUUGAUGACACAGACAGGGUUACAUCAAGCUAGACAGCAAAUGAUGCAGUUCCAGGGGCAGCAAAUGUUGAAUCAGCUGCAAAUUCAACCUCAAAUGUCGCCACAGGCAAUCCAUUCCCAACAUUUUGGGCAAAGAAUGCCUCAGGACCAUGACUCACAUAUUGCACCUCCACAAGGACAUCAGUUUCCUACCCAAAACAUACACUAUAUGUCAUAUCAGCAAAAUAUUAUUACACCCAGGCAACCAAACUCUCAACACAUGCAGCCAAACACUGUCUCACCCGGGCAACCUAACCCCCAGCAGGUUCAGCAUAAUCAGAAACCUUCCUCCUGACACAGCUUCUGGUCAAAUGCUUAAUGUAGGUUUUUCCCCUAGUACAAAGUUUAAACCAUAGCUUUAUUUUUCAAUCUUCAACUACUAUCAUUGCAUUAUAAUGGUAUUUGAUUGCUAGUGAUAUUAUAAAGUUGUUUCAAUGCUAUGUUUAAAGUGCUGAUUAAUAUAUGAAAACCUCCAUCACAUUCUCAUUUCCCUCCACAAAAUAAUUUUUCUUAAUGAAAUUGAUAGGCUUAUUAGGAGCAAGAAACUUUAACUCCAGAAAAUGCAACACAACAGAGAACACUGUUUCUUUAUUUCAGAAA